AUGGGGGUUCAGGGGGUCCUUCUGGGGAUGCUGGCUUUUCUAGGGGUUGCUCCAGGGGGCUCCCUUACCCUUCACUGGGACAGUACCUCCUGCUACUUGGCCAAGCCCAUCCCUGGUAACCCUCUGGGUUCUCUGAGCUUCUUGGGCAAAGAUGCCCAAGGCCUGGCACUAUUCCAGGCCCUCUGGGAUGCGCACUACAGGCUGAAGGUAUGUAUCAGGCAGGAUGACUCUGAGCUCAUCAGAGCUUUCGGGGUCCUCUGUACUCGUGAGCCCUCGAGGCACUCCUUCACCCACACACCUGGACCUGAGCUGCAGAGAGCCCUGGACACCCUGCAGAGCCAGUGGGAGGCCUGUCAGGGGUCUGAGGAUAGCCCUACGGGAGCCAGGGAGAAGCGAGCCUCAAGGCAGAGUGGAGCAACUGACAGCGGGCACGUUAGAAGGAGGAGAGGCUGGACCAUUCCUGGCACGCUGUGGUGUGGAGUUGGGAACUCUGCAGAGAACUCCUCAGAACUGGGUAUGUUUCACGGCCCUGACCUCUGCUGCAGGGAACACGACCAAUGUCCACAAACCAUCUCACCCUUGCAGUUUAACUAUGGCAUCCGAAACUUCCGAUUCCACACCAUCUCUCACUGCGACUGUGAUGCCAGGUUUCAGCAAUGCCUGAGGAGCCAGCGUGACUCCAUCUCUGACAUCAUGGGCAUGGCCUUCUUCAAUGUGCUGGAGAUCCCAUGCUUUGUGCUGAAGGAGCAGGAGGCCUGUGUGGAGUGGUUUCUUUGGGCAGGGUGCAAGGGGUAUGGCUCAGUGCCCCUCGCUCACCUCCAGCCCAGGACCUACUAUAAUGCCUCCUGGGAGGCUGUAGCUACCUCACCUGCCUCACCCAGCCCCCAGAGUCCAGCCCCCAGCACGCUCCCCCAGAAGAGGCGCCUACAGCAGACACAAGUUGAGCACCAAAGCACAACCACCACCACAAGCCUCCAGACCCCUGCUGUUGCCUCCAUGCCUGAUGUGGUUCCCAGAGCUCAGUCAGGAGUCCCCCAUCCAGGCUAUCACAAGGGCCCAAAACUUCAAGGUGCCCACCGAGUCUGUCGAAGGCUUCAACACCUGGACCAGUGCAGACACCAGAUCAAGCCCCAGGAAACCAAGUUCCACCUUCUCAACAGUGCCCAAACGCCCCUUUUCCACUGCAACUGCACCCGCCGUCUGGCACACGCCCUGAGGCUCCACAGCCCCCCUGCCGGCACCAGCAAGGUUUGGGAGCUCCUGGGAACCACCUGCUUCAAGCUGGCCCCCCAAAUCAACUGUGCUGAAGGCAAAGGCUGCUCCAGAGACCACAGGGCCAUCAAGGUGUCAGCGCAGCACCUGCAGAGGCUUCAGCGGAAACGACUCCAUUUCUGGGGUAAAGGUGCAGAUGGGACCGUGGCACAGCCUCUGGAGCCUUCAGGGACCUCCCGGUCAUUCUACAGCCAGUGUCUACAACUAACCCGUGCAAUCUGGAGAGUGGGUGGACAGAAGACAUUCCAGAGCUCAUGACCUCAGGUGCAGCAGCCUGGACCUCCUUCUGGCUUUGCUAUGUUCUGAGAGACUCGGCCUCUUCUUCGAGGAGCAGCAUGACUCGCAUGGACAAUAGGAGGGCUUGAUGGGAGGAUCCUCAAGGCCCAGACGCUGGGCCACAUCUGCUGCACUGGGUGACCUGCAGCUGGUGACACAACCCCCUGUGCCUGUGCGUGCUAUUGAGGAGGUGCCUUCUGAAGCCUUGGGUUUCGACCUUGCCUGGAAGCUUCAUGCACAGGUGGAAACGGGGAGUGACUGAUGGCAGAGGUACCAGAAGUAGGACCUGAGUGUCCCUGCUGCAAAACUGACGUGUCCCGGGCCCUGCAUCCGGGAGCCUCAGCACCUGGCUCUGAGGCCUAGAGCUGCAGCUGGGAAAACAGGGAUACAGCGGAAACACCCAGAUCUGAACCCAGCAAGGGGAGCAUGCUCUCCACUCUCCUCACCAGAGACCCCCGUCUUUUAAUAGCCCUUCCUAGCCUGAGCUAAUCUUUCUGCUCUAACUCUAAACUGAAAUCU